AUGCAGGAGGGCACCAUUCGGAGAUGGCUCAAGGCGGAAGGCAAACGGGUGCAGCAGUACGACCUGCUCUGCGAGGUGGACACCCAGCAGUUGGUGGAGGAGGCCUACCGACUAGGGGACUUUGCAGGGAGCGUCACGCUGCUCAUCGAGAGCCAGGAGGACGGGGUGCUCGCGCGGCGCCUGGCCCCGGAGGGGGCGACGCUGCCCGUGGGGGCGCCCAUUGCGGUCGUCUGGGAGGAGAGCGGCGGCGGCGGCGGCGACGGCGACGCGGACGCGGGCCGGCUCGCGGCGGCGCGGCGCCACACGCCGCCGACCAAGGAUGUGUAUGAUGAGAGCCAGCCGUCUGUGAGGGUCCUGGAGUGGCAGAGCUACCUAAAAGAGUCCUCAGAAGACCCUGGCGCCAAAAAGUGCAUGGGCUAG